UUGGCUUUCACCCAGGCGACUUCAGGGUGGACAUGAUGAUAGCACAGAAACAAAACAAACACUUUCAUAAUGGAAUUCAAGUUACCAUAAAUACUGAUACUCUGUUGAACCCUGAAGAUUUUUCUCAUGUUCUGGUGCACUUAUAUAACAAAGUUGAGGUGUUGAGGACAUGUUUUCGUCAGCGGGACGACCAGUGGUGGCAUUGUUCCAUGCCCAAACCUGCCUUAGACUUUAAGGUUGUUGACGGUCCAGAUUCAUUAAAAGAAUGGCAGGUUAUGGUCGACACUAACUUCAACUUGACUGAUGGACCACUCUGGCAAGUUCGACUUCUGCCGUCGCCAACCGACACCCCUUGUAUCUGGCCGGAAUUGAACGAAAAGUUUCCAUAUAGGAACAAAUUGAUGUUUAAUUUUCAUCAUGGUGUAAUUGAUGGUCCUAGUUUGUUUUCAAUUACUACGUUGUUUGUGAAGCUUCUUGAUGAUUACAUCAGCAAAAAACCUAUUGAUAAUCAGCAACUUGGACAACUUACAGACCACAGUCAGACAACAGAGAUUGAACGACAAGUGAAAGUAGAUCUUGAAAAGGAUCCCGAAAAGUUGAAAUUAUUUCUUAAUGAACUUAAAAAUAAUGAACACACACCUCUACUCAUAGAAGCAUUUGGUACUCCAGAAGCAACUAAUGUUACGACAGAUUACUUAGAAUGUGGCAUACUAGACACCUCUGAAGUUAAGAAGUUUUAUGACAUGUGUAGAUCUCAUGACAUCUCUUUUAACUCAGGAUUUAUUGGUAUAGUGAACACUGCAUUAGUUGAGCUAGUAAGGGAGGCUGGCGUGUUACGCGACGUCUACAAUAUUAACAGCUUACAUUCCAUUGAUCUUCGCCGUUACAUGACAGGCUAUUCCAAAGUGUUGCCAAUGGGUUAUCAUACUUCUGCAGUAUCACACACCAUAUCAACCCCUUACAAUGUAAAGGAUAACUUCUGGAAGUAUGCUAAGCAGUUCGACACUGAAUUCCGAGAAAAACUAGAAAACAAGCAAGUAUUUAAAGAUAUAGUGAUGAGGAGAAUGAUUCUCCCAGAGAACGUCUCACUUGAUGAAACUCUCUGCAGCUCCACCAACUCCUCAAUAUGAUUAUUUGUUCUCAAAUAUGUAUUUACCCAAAUUUGUUAACUUUGGAGUUGGAAGACAUGUUCAGAUAACAGGAGCGAAAAUUGUUCUUCCCCUAGUAGCCAGUGACUUUUCUUUUCUUUUCUGGCAUUGGUAAUUUGCGUGAUAAGGUUCAAUUUGAUAUUUGGCAUUCAACUCACUGCAUGACCAAUGAUACUGCACAAAAGUGUUUUGAUAAAACUAUAUCUAUCUUUCGUGAAAAGAUUAACUAAAAUCUGAGGUUAAAGGCUCUUCUGAGCCUAAAAACAUGUUAAAUAAUUGGUUAAAAAUGUGUUAAGUAGUCUGCUACAUAUGCUAGUUGUUUGAAAUGAUGUGGAAGCGAAAUGAUACGAGGUAUAGUAGUUUUUGAAUUAGAUAUAUAACUUGAGUCUAGCAACAAUGAGCUGGAAAUGUCACAACUAUUAACCAAAUGCAGCUUUCAUAGUCAAAAUAUCCAUGUAGGCGGUGCAUAUAU